GGAGUGGGAUUCCCAUUUCUUUCUAUAGAGGAUCAUGACAAAGGUGACUUGAGACCUACCACAGAAGAGUGAAACUCCAUACGCUGCCUGGAUAUCAGCAAAUUCUUCCCCAAAAGGAUUUAUUAUCUACCAAGGACUGUUUUUUGAACACGAAAAAAAAAAAACCCAAAACAAACAACUGCCUUCACAUUUGGGAUUUACUGCAUUUCGAUCUGGAUUGUAAGGGUGCGUGUACUGCUCGGAGAGUCAUGGAAGGUCUCGAAGCGCUGAGAGAAAUGUCUUUGCUGAAAGUUUCUGCUGAGUGGUAGCGACCCAGCAUGUAGCAGAGGCGAACAAGUCCCUUCACGCCCUGGGAACAAUCCGACAUCAUAAUGGGGAAUUCAUAUGCCGGGCAGCUGAAGUCUGCUCGAUUUGAAGAGGUCCUCCAUAACUCCAUCGAGGCUUCACUGCGCUCGAGCAGCGGAGACCCACAGCCCAUCUUCACACAGCUCUACCUAGAGCCAGAGCCGUUUCCUGGAAACAUGGAAGACGUGAAGCCGAAAGCCGACCUCCAUGUGAGGGAGCCGCCAGGCCACGACCUUUUGAACGGUCACUCCUCCAACGAUCUGGAGGAGCUGGAGGAUGACGACGACUCGGACAGCAGCAGCCCUCCCCUUCCCUACCUACAGGCACAGGCACCAGACGGCUGCUGCACACUUGACGGAUUCUGUCAGGCUGGCAAGGACCUCCGCCUGGACUCCAAAGCGACAGAGCCCCUGGACGUCCCAGCAGGCUUCGAGCUGGUCGGUGCCAAGUCCCCCAGCGUCCCCGAGCACAUCCUGGUGUGCGCCGUGGACCGCCGCUUUUUGCCUGACGAGCACGGGAAAAAUGCACUUUUAGGUUUUUCGGGAAACUGUGUAGGCUGUGGCGAAAAGGGUUUCAGAUACUUCACGGAGUUUUCGAACCACAUCAACCUGAAGUUAUCCACCCAGCCCAAGAAGCAGAAGCACUUAAAAUACUACCUGGUGAAGAAUUCUCAGGGUGCUCUGUGCAAAGGCCCCCUCAUCUGCUGGAAAGACUGUAAAACCCGUCAGCUGUCCAGCAGUGCGUCCACCUCCAAACCCAGCUCGUCCUCCUCCCUCAGCAGUAAAGAAAACGGAGGCACCAGUGGACACAGCUCCUCCCCCUUUUCCCUCUCAGAUUCUCCACCCACCAGAACGACGCAAGCAUCCUCUGUCUUUUUCGGGAGUCAGGACCUCAGCAGAGACUGCAGUUUCCUCAAACCUUUGGCCUCUACACCCGGAAACAAGACUCUACCAAUAGUGCCCACAGCUCUGAGGGUGAACGGGCCGACUAAUGGUCUGGGUGUUGAUGGCCGUCCUCCCUUACUCAGCCCCUCCCAGGUCUCCUUGGGGCCUCAGGCUCAGGGGUAUCGCCCGGCUGAUUUGGGAGACAGUCCAAUAUCUUCUGCCAUGAACUCAGGCCCUCCAAAGAAGCGCCACCGGAGCUGGCAUCCCAACACGCUGGUGCCUGUCCCACCAACAGCCGUCCCUGUUCCUGCCAUCCGACCAAUCGCUUGUUCCCCAGGCUCUGUGUUACGAGUGUCCUCUCCUCAGCCUCCAGUAGCUCCAGUCAUUCAGCCCCAGCCCGUCACCGCCGGAGCGACCGUCAUCGUCCCCGACAACCUGCUCAACUCUUCGGGUGUUCGCCCUGUCAUCCUCAUCGGACACGGCACUUUACCUUAUUUCUAUGGGAAUGUGGGGGACUUGGUGGUGAGCCCCCUGCUGGUCAGCUGCUACAAGAGCAGCCAGCUGACGGAGAAAACCCUGGAGACCUUGGGCCUCAACAGGAACCAGCUGCUCAGCGUGGAGACGAUGAUUCUGCUCACUUUGCAGUAUCUCGCACGGUUAGGCUCCGAUCAGAUUCCUCUGCGGGAGGAGCUGGAGCAGGUCGUUUUGAAGGCCAUGCUGUGCUGCCCCGGGGGUCCUGCCAUCUCCCUGUCCCAGCUGCCCUGGUUGGCUCGGCUGGAGGCCAGCGUCUCUGGGGGCAGCGUCCAAGUCGUGGUUACCCACAACUCUUUGGGAGAGGGCAUUUCUGAGUCCCUGCGCUCCCUCAGCGAGGGUCCCCACCAACAGAAGUGCCUGCCCACCUAUGUGGUCAUCAUAUGUGCCUCGAAAAUGAGCAGCAACGAGUUCUGUGUGCUCGUUUUGGGAAAGUACCAAGCACGGGCCUUAGCCGAGGGCAUGCUGACGACCAACGAGUUCCUGAAGGAAAUCAGCUAUGAGCUCAUCACAGGGAAAGUCAGCAUCUUGGCGUCUCACUUCAAAACAACCUCUCUCGGGGACAAUCUGGAUAAGCAGCUGGUGCGAUACCAGCGCCGACGGAAGGGACAGGUCAUCCAGCCCUUUCAAGGGGAUGUCACUGACCACAUCCACUCCCAGGAGGCUGCCAGCAUGUCACCGCCGUCGGAAAGAGCGGAGCUCUUGAGUAAGGUAUUCCAGAUCUAUCCGACCCAGCUGAGUGUGGCUCGCAGCCUCCUCUCUCAAGUCUGCUCCAUCGCCGACUCGGGGACCCAGAACCUGGACCUCGGUCGCUUCUGUAAAGUGGACUUCCUUGUGUUGGUCCCGCCCUCUCACAUUCUCGUACACCAGACGGCACAGCGCAUCCGACAAUCAGGUGUGCUCGUGGACUUGGGAAUAGAGGACGCCUCGUCAGCCUAUCAGAAGUCAGACAAGUACGUGGUGCGUCUGGACAACGACGUUCACGCCAAGAUGGAGGCCUUCAUGAAGAAAGUCAAACAGAACCCCUACACACUGUUUGUCCUCAUCCACGACAACUCGCAUGUCGACCUCACGAGUGCUUUGUCCGGCUCCGUGUGCCACGGCGAGCUGCAGGGUCUGGCUGACCGGGUGGUGAACUGCCAGGAAGUCCUCGAUGCCAUGAACCUGUUGGUCCUGCAGGUCAGCUGCUUCCCAUACACACUGCAGACCCGCCAGUCCCGCAUCAGCACCCACAACGAGGUUCACUGGCCCGCCAACAACAGUGCGCAGGGGGAGCAGCCUGCCAAUGAGUUGUUCUACUUUGGCCUGAGGGACUACAGCAGCUCCCUGCAGUGGGGCGUGGCCAGUCCCAUCCUGCGUUGUGAUGACGCGUUCGAGAAGAUGGUGCACACUCUGCUCAAAAGACAUCCGCACCUGCACAGCAUGGUGAUCCGCAGCUACCUGCUGAUUCAGCAGUACACGGAGGCCAUGAUGGCCCUGACCUCUUCCCCGUCGCUGAGAGACCACAUAACCCCCGAGACUCUGGCCAUGGUGGAGGACCUGAUCAAUGCCCCGAGCAGAGAGGGCUCCCAGGGCCGGGGCCACAUGCUGCUGGUCCGCGUCCCCUCGCUGCAGCUGGCGAUGCUGGCCCGCGAGCGGCUGGAGGACGUGAGGGAUAAGCUGGGGCUCCAGUUGUGCUUCGCGGUGCUGCUGGGAAGUCCGGCCUCCGAGCUCAACCUGCCCAGAAACUUCACGAACCGCCUCAGGGCGUGGAGAGGCUGUGAGAAUGAAGAGUGGGUACCGCACACCUAUGAGGAUCUGGAGGGGCUGCCCUGCAUCGUCAUCCUCACAGGGAAAGACCCUCUCGGAGAGACUUUCCCCAGGUCUCUGAAAUACAGUGACCUACGUCUGAUAGACUCCAGCUACCUGACCCGUACAGCCCUGGAGCAGGAGGUGGGUUUGGCCUGCACCCAUGUGUCCAUGAGUGUCGUCCAGGAGCCAAAGAAGGCCACGGCCCGCCGGGGGGAACCAGAUGGGGAGAAGGCCACCACCAGCAUGAACGACGGAGAGGAGCUGGAAAGACCUCAGAGCAAUGGCAGCGCCGCGACUAGAACUUCUGGUUCUUUAGCGGAGAACGGAGUGAGUUCAUCUGACGUUGCAGACUCUUUCCAGAAGCCCUCCACUUCCACCUGCCUCCCCGAAGGGCCCGCCAUCUCAGACAUGGGCACGAUGACUCAGGGGUUCAAGCAAGAGUGUGAUUCCCUGGGAGGCCAGUUCUCCACCAACCCCACCAAAGUCUCCAAGGCCCCUCCUUCCCUGUAUUCCAGUUCCUCUUCUUCCUCCCCGUCUUCGUCCUCUACACAGAGGCCCAGCCAGUCCACGCAGUGCAGUCGAGACCCGAAGCCCGCGCGAGUGUCGCCGCGCACGGUCAUCAUGUCCCGGGCGGCGUACAACCUGCUGGCGGGGGAGUCUGGGAGUCAGCUGAGCUCCUUCUCUCUGCUGCCGCAUGCCGAUGUGGCCUGGAGCAGCCCGCUGAGGCCCAUUAUCACUCAAAACCUGCAGGGGGCAGAGCAGAGCACGUACUACCGCCAGUGGACCAUCGCCAGGCAGCAUCAUGCCGAUUAUGAAGCUCCGUCUGUGCAGCAUCCACGGCGACUGUUACUCAGUGGACCCCCACAGGUGGGAAAAACUGGGGCCUAUUUGCAGUUUCUCCGUAUCCUGUUCCGGAUGCUCAUCAGACUGUUGGAGGUCGAUGUGUAUGAUGAGGAAGAGGAAGAGGAGGAGGAAACGUCAGAGGUUACAACUCCAGGGACUACUCAGUGGCCUGACAUUGAGGAAGUUCGAAAGCUGCCCUUUGAUCCGUACCCCCGAGACCCUAAGUUCAAGAAGGCCAGCCCUGUUUUCUCUGAUAAGAUGCCAAAGUGCUUAAGAGAUUUCAAUCAGGGAGGAGAGAGCCAGACAACCGCCACACGAGAGACCAAAUCAAUACGCCUGAGCAGGUUCGCUGCCCACAACGCCUUUCAUCACUGUGAGCAGUGUCACCACUACUGUGAAGCAGGCCCUGCCAUGCAGCUGUCGGAGUGCACCUUUCACGCGUUCACCUUCUGCUCGUCCAUGCUGGGGGAGGAGGUCCAGCUUCAGUUCGUCAUUCCCAAAGCCAAGGAGCAGCACUUUGUCUUCAGUCAGCAGGGCAGCCACCUGGAGAGCAUGCGCCUGCCUCUGAUCUCCAGCAAUGAUCCGGACCUGUUAAAGAGUCCGAUCUUCACCCCGACCACAGGACAUCAAGAGCAUGGCCUGCUCAACAUCUUUCAUGCCAUGGAGGGCGCCUCUCAUGUGCACAUCCUAGUGGUCAAGCAAUGUGAGUUGCACCACUACAGGAAGUACUGGCCCAACCACAUCCUGCUCGUCCUGCCGGCAAUGUUCAACAACGCUGGAGUCGGUGCCGCCCGCUUCAUGAUCAAAGAGCUGUCAUACCACAACCUGGAGCUGGAGAGAAACCGACUGGAGGAGCAAGGCGUCAAGAGGCAAGACGCGUGGCCUUUCAUCGUCAUGAUGGACGACUCCUGCGUGCUGUGGAACGUCCAGCAGUCGGCAGACGUCAGUGAGUCGUCGGACGGAAGCUCCACCCUCAUCAACGUGUCUCUGAAGACGGUGCUGCAGCACAUGGAGGCCACGCCGAAGAUCUCCCUGUACGCCAUGUGCGGCGCUCGCAAGUGGAGCAGCAGUCUGGCUCGCAGGUCGCCCAGCCACCCGUUCAGUCGCUGUCACCUCCACGACUUUGUCAUGCUCAACGUGGACCUGACGCAGAAUGUUCAGUACGACCUCAAUCGGUACAGCUGUGAAGAGGUCGACUUUAACCUGAGGGUGAACAGCAGUGGGCUGCUGCUGUGUCGCUUCAACUACUUCAGCCUGAUGAAGAAACACAUUCCACCAGGGGGUAACCAAGACUUCCUGGUCAAACCUAAACUCAUGGAAAUAGAAAACCCUGCCGCAAUCAGCCCGUCCCAGUAUGUUUGCGCCCCGGACAGCGAGCAGACCCUGCUAGAUGCCCCGGCCCAGUUCCUGCUGGAAAGGUUCCUGCAGAGCUGCAGCCACAGGCUGUUUCCAAAGGCUGUUCAGAACAGAAGCAACCCAGUUCUGUCCAUCGACAGCUACCUCAACAUCAGCCCCGAGAUUUCUGUCUGCUACUUCAACUCGCGUCCACACUCCACCAACCUGAACCAUCAGGGCCUGGUGUUCAGUGGCCUGCUUCUUUACCUCUGCGACUCCUUCGUCGUCUCCGGACUCCUCAGGAAAUUCAGAUUCCUCAAAGGUGCCACCCUGUGCGUGAUCUGCCAGGACCGAAGUUCCCUGCGUCAGACCAUCGUCCGACUGGAGCUGGAGGACGAGUGGCAGUUCCGGCUGCGCGACGAGUUCCAGACGGCCAACUGCAGCGAGGACCGGCCCCUCUACUUCCUGACUGGCCGCCAUGUUUGAAUCUGUUACCUGCUCGGGCCCGCUGCUCUGCCGCAGAAGCACAAUCGGACACGUGGGCAGAUUCGAAUCCAAAACCAGCCGGCAACUGCAACUACAACAGCUGCCGUCUGACUGGCAGUUUCAGAGAGGAUGCUGGUGCACGAGACCCGAAGUUGUCCACGAGUUGGAUGCGUGGCGGCUUUCAUCUGAACUCCCACAGUGCACUAUGCCUGGAGCCUCUGGAGAGGACCAGAACAUGACCAACUCUUGCUUGUUGCUGGGCUUUGUCUCCACUUGAGCUAGUGUUCCACUGACACAGACUUUGCUGUGGGGAAAAGGAAACCACAGCCGGAACUGAACUUCAAAAUGUUUGUUUGUUUGUUUUGUUUGGCGAAAAAUAGGACGCUCCUUGAUCGACAAUGUGACUAUUUGAAGAUUGUAUGUGUACAUGGACUGUGACUACCGUAUGUCCCGUCCAGGACAUAGAGUACGUGUUUAUCUCAGGGUUUUUAAGGGAGAUCCAAGGGUGGUUGCUCAAAGGUGUAAAGCUUUUCCCUCUGUUCACAGUGUAUUUUUUGGCAUUACUGUAUGCUGGCACCAAAGAAAUCCUCCUCUGCACCUUGCCUUUUCCCUUCGCUUCGCUUCCCCCUUACCUCCUGCUCGGCCUCCCCGACUCCACGAAGCUCACCAACUAGUCAGCUCAUUACACAAACACAGAGGUCGGCCUGCAUUGGAUUUUUUCUUCUUGAGUAUCAAAUUCGACUGUAACACCAGCGGGAUUCAAACAAUCAUCAUCUGUUCGCUUUCUUCUCUUGUGCCUCUGAAAUGCUCAAGCGGCAGCGAUAAUCCCUCUAACGAGGAGCUACGGUAUAAUGAGCGUGAAUUUGCCAUGAAUGUAUCCGAAGAAAAUUUUGAACAGCUGACGACAAAAGUAAAUGUUGUGUCCUUUCAAGAAUGCAGGGCGAUUUGCGUUGCACAAUAUGGCUUGAACAUGAAGCAGGUCCGUUCUAAAAAAAGGAAUUCACUCAGAUUUCAAUACAUUUACAUCAGAUACAUUUUGCAUUUGCUGACUUGUAAUACUGGGCAUUUUAAGCAUAAUCACAUGAGGGUGAUUGUACGCUGAUGAUCUUGGCGUUGUCAUUGACAUACCUUAAAUUCCACCCCCGACACAAAGGGUAAUCAAACAAAAAGGGCGCACACUGUCACAAUCAGCCGACCAGGUCAAUUUAUAUACUUGAAAGUCAAAUGUUUUUUUAAAUAUUUUUCUGCACAGGGUUGUCCAAAGAAUAUGCCUUAAGUGACGUUUCACACGAGUCACUGCUCAAGUCACGCAUUUUUCCGGACCAAUGAGAAUGAAGAAAACGUUUCACUGAGAGGAGAGGAAAUGUAGAAGCAAGACGAAAGAUAUGGAUUUCAAACUACUGUACUGUUUUAAAGCUUUGUUUACAUUAUUAAUAUAUUGUAUCAUCCCCCGAACCACUGAGGGUUACUGAUGGUUUUUAGUGUUGUGUAACUUUAGCUGGUAUAUUUUGGUCAAAAUGUCUUUCUGCAUUUUAUGUGAUGUUGCAAAGGCAAAGAAGAAUCUACCUAGAUGUGUCCUUAACCAUGUGUCUGUAUCCCUUCCUGUUCUUGUGUUGGAUUUUUAUUGAAAAUGAAAAUCAAGUCCGCGAGGGAUUCUUAUUUAUUUGACAAGCAUUUUGGACUGAUAAUCAUGUCGAAGUGUAAUGUUUGAUUGCAUGCUGAGCUCGCUUAAACCGAGGGAGUGUGUCCUCUUCAAAAAUCCUCCAAGAAGGCUUUGCACACGACCCAAAUGAAUGAUCCGAAGAUUUACUGAAUGUCAAGGGGGCCAGGAAAUGUGAACUUGCACUAUACAAGUUGCCAGCAGAAGAAAAAUAUUUCCAUAUUAGGAAAACAAUUAAAUUAAGUUCCCCAUUCCUUCAGAAUUGGUCCUCUAAAUGAUGAGACUGGUGGUCAAAACUGUUUUUCCUGUCAAACUGCAAUGGUCCAUAGAAUGUGUCUUUCUUUUUGAUAAUUUAACACUUAAUAUGCAACUUGCUCUCACAAUCUUCACUGAAAUGUGUUUGAUAACUAUGUACAGCCCAUUAGUAGCUUUGGUGUCUGGGUGAUCUACCUCAUGUUUACCAUUGUUGUUGUGGGUUGUGAACAUACGACAUUAGAGCCAUGCGAUUGUUGUUAAAAAAAAUUAUGAAUGUAAUAAAAUAACUUCUAAAUUC